AAAAAAGAAACAGUUGCGGUUGGUUGAGCAGAGCAGCUAAUCAAAGAGCUGUGUGGGCUUAUUCACAGAGUGGAUUCAGAGUGGCAGAACAGAUGUUUUAACAUCCACUUCACAGAUUUGACAGCCGUACCAGCAGAAAUAUAUGAUAAACUAAACUCGGUGGCCAGAAAAAAAAAAACAUUUAACAUGAACAAAAGGAGUUCUAGUUUCCUUUAAAAAGUACUGAUUUGACCUUCCUCAUUUCACCACUGCAUUAGUAUGCAUACAUUCGAGCAACAUGUCGUCAUCCCCAUCAUUACUUUGAAGCUUGUGGCUGGAAGUGGUUUUCAUCCUUGUGCGCUUGAUCCUGGUCUCCAACACCUCCCAUCAAUUUCUCUGAAGAAGACUUCCGGUGGUGUGUCAUGGCGGUGGCAUGGUGAAUCCUACAGAAAGGGAAAAAUACUCGCCCCUUUCGUCCUUUCCCAUCGAUUCAGGACACAUUUUCAUGCAUAUCUGAGCCUGUCAGCUCCGGCCUCAGACCUUGGAUCCAGCAGCGCAGCGUCGCGGUUCCUCCGCCCGGCCAUGGCGGCUCACAAACCAGUGGAGUGGGUCCAGGCCGUGAUUACUAGAUUUGAUGAGCAGCUUCCCAUCAAAGUUGGACACCAGAACACCCACACCAAAGUCAGCACAGAGCACAACAAAGAAUGUCUGAUCAACAUCUCCAAGUACAAAUUCUCCCUCGUCAUCAGUGGCCUCACCAGUAUCCUCAAAAAUGUCAACAACAUGCGGAUAUUUGGAGACGCCUCUGAGAAGAACCUCUACCUCUCCCAGCUCAUCAUCCUGGACACACUGGAGAAGUGCCUGGCUGGGCAAUCCAAGGACUGCUUGCGUCUGGAUGAGACCAUGCUGGUCAAACAGCUUCUGCCAGAGAUCUGCCAUUUCAUCCACACGUACCGUGAGGGCCACCAGCACGCCGCUGAGCUCCGGGCCUCCGCCUCAGCUGUUCUCUUCUCUCUGAGCUGCAACAACUUCAAUGCGGUCUUCAGCCGCAUCUCCACCAGGCUACAGGAGCUGACUGUGUGCUCGGAGGACAAUGUGGAUGUUCAUGACAUAGAGCUGAUGCAGUACAUCAAUGUGGACUGCUCCAAGCUGAAGAGGCUGCUGCAAGAAACUGUUCUGAAGUUUAGAGCCCUUAAGAAGCCUGCCCAACUAGCAGUCAUCAACAGUUUAGAAAAGGCAUUUUGGAACUGGGUGGAGAAUUACCCAGAUGAGUUCACCAUGCUCUACCAGCGACCACAAGCAGAUAUGGCAGAAGCUGCAGAGAAGUUGUUUGACCUAGUGGACAGCUUUGCAGAGAGCGCCAAGAGGAAGGCAGCAGUGUGGCCUCUGCAGAUCAUCCUCCUCAUCCUCUGUCCAGAGAUAACACACACUAUCUCCAAAGACACUGUGGAAGACAGCAAGGCCAACAAGAAACUGUUUAUGGACAGUUUGCGUAAAGCUUUAGCGGGCCAGGGUGGCAGCAAGCAGCUGAUGGAGAGUGCUGCUAUUGCCUGUGUCAAACUGUGUAAAGCCUCCACCUACAUCAACUGGGAGGAUCACUCAACCAUCUUCCUCCUGGUCCAGUCCAUCGUCAUGGAUCUCAAGGCUUUGCUGUUCAACCCAGCCAAACCCUUCUGGAGGGGGACGGGCAGUCAGAACGCUGAUGUGGAGCUAAUGAUGGACUGCUUUGUCUCCUGUUUCCGCAUUAAUCCUCACAACAACCAGCACUUUAAGGUCUGUUUGGCCGCCUCCUCCCCCUCCACCUUUCACUUUGUCCUGGUCAACUCGUUGCACAGAAUAAUCACCAACUCUCAUCUGGACUGGUGGCCUAAGAUCGAUGCAGUGUACUGCUACUCUAGUGAGCUUCGCUUUAUGUUCUCAGACACCCUCAACCGGGUGGUGCAAGGCAUCGGCACCCACGCUCCACUACGCAUGACUCCGUCGGUGCCUAAAUCAGAUGGACCUGAGACUUCACUGAAUUCACACACAAUACAGACAUUUGUGUCAAACAGGAAAAGCCUGACAUUCAAAGGGAAGAUGACCACCAGCCUUAAGUUCAAAGAGAAAGCCACAGAACUGGACACUCGAAGUUACAAGUGCCUCCUCCUCGCUCUGGUCAAACUAAUCCACGCUGACCCCAAACUCAUGUUGCAUAACCCAGUGAAGCAAGCUCCAGAGAUGCAGAGCAGCACAGCAGAGCUCAUCACCGGCCUGGUGCAGCUAGUGCCUCUAACCAAUACCACCCAGCUCUCACAAGAAGCCAUGGAGGCUCUGUUAGUUCUGCACCAGCCAGAGACCAUCGAGCUGUGGAAUCCUGAUGCUCCUAUAGAAACAUUCUGGGACAUCAGUUCACAGGUGCUCUUCCUCAUCUGCCGCAAAUUGAUUGGCCAGCAGAUGGUCAACGGGACAGAAGUUCUCAAAUGGCUGAGGGAGAUCCUCAUCUGCAGGAACAAGUUUCUGCUCAAGAACAAGGAGUGUGCCACGAUGGGUGGUGGUAUCCCCGUCUGCCGGCAGGCGCAGACCAAGCUGGAGGUGUGUCUCUACAUGUUCUUGUGGAGUCCGGACACGGAGGCGGUGCUGGUAGCCAUGUCGUGUUUCCGCCACCUCUGUGAGGAGGCUGACAUCCGCAGCGCCGCCGACGAGGUGCCUGUCCAGGCCAUCCUGCCCAACUACGCCACCUUCAGUGAACUGGCCUCCGUCAGCAAUAUGAUGGGAACAGGCCGCUCCACCCUGCAGAAGAGGGUGAUGGCCUUGCUGAGGAGGAUAGAGCACCCCACACCAGGAAACAUUGGGGCUUGGGAGGACACAUAUGGUAAAUGGGACCAGGCUACGAAACAGAUCCUCAACUUCCCCAAAAACAAGGCAGAUGAUGGGCAGCAGGAGUGGAUCAACAUGACCGGCUUCCUGUGUGCUCUGGGAGGUGUGUGCCUGCAGCAACGCAGCACCCCCGGCCCAGCCACCUACAGCCCACCUAUGGGCCCCAUGAGCGAACGCAAACACUCCAUGAUCUCCAUGGGCCCUUGUGAGGUGUCCAACCCUGUGGCCUCGGCCACCUCCUGUUCCUCGUCAGCCUCCAGCGAGACACCAGUCAGCCGCUUUCUGGACAGGCUGCUGGCCCUGCUGGUGUGCGGCCACGAUCGGGUCGGCCUCCACGUUCGCACCAACGUCAAAGACCUGCUGGGGCUGGAGCUCAGUCCCGCCCUCUACCCCAUGCUCUUCAACAAGCUGAGGAACAGUAUUGGAAAGUUCUUUGACACGCAGGGACCAGUUCCUAUCAAUGACACUAACACCCAGUUUGUGGAGCAGACCAUUGCCAUCAUGAAGAACCUGUUGGAUAACCACACAGAGGGCAGUUCUGAACACCUGGGACAGGCCAGCAUUGAGACCAUGAUGCUCAACCUGGUCAGGUAUGUGCGCAUUCUGGGUAAUGUGGUCCAUGCUAUCCAGAUCAAAACCAAGCUGUGCCAGCUAGUGGAGGUGAUGAUGGAGAGACGAGAUGACUUGUCCUUCUGCCAGGAGAUGAAGUUCAGGAACAAGAUGGUAGAGUACCUGACCGACUGGGUAAUGGGAACCUCCAACCAAGCUGCUGAUGAUGACAUCAAGUGCCUGACAAGGGACCUGGACCAGGCCAGUAUGGAGGCAGUCGUGUCUCUGCUCGCUGGUCUUCCUCUGCAGCCUGAGGAGGGAGAUGGAGUGGAACUGAUGGAGGCCAAAUCCCAACUCUUCCUCAAGUACUUCACCCUGUUCAUGAACCUGCUGAAUGACUGCAGUGAGGUGGAAGAUGAGGGCCAGGCAGUUGGGGGACGCAAGAGAGGAAUGUCCCGCCGCUUGGCCUCACUUCGCCACUGCACCGUCCUGGCCAUGUCCAAUCUCCUCAAUGCUAACGUAGACAGCGGCCUCAUGCACUCAAUCGGCCUGGGCUACCACAAAGAUCUGCAGACUCGAGCCACCUUCAUGGAGGUGCUGACCAAGAUCCUGCAGCAGGGGACAGAGUUUGACACGCUGGCUGAGACAGUGCUUGCAGACCGCUUUGAGAGGCUGGUGGAGCUGGUCACCAUGAUGGGAGACCAGGGAGAGCUGCCCAUCGCUAUGGCUCUGGCUAAUGUUGUUCCUGGGUCCCAGUGGGAUGAGCUAGCCCGGGUCCUGGUGACGCUUUUUGACUCUCGUCACCUCCUGUACCAGCUGCUGUGGAACAUGUUCUCCAAAGAGGUGGAGCUGGCCGACUCCAUGCAGACACUCUUCAGAGGAAACAGCUUGGCCAGCAAAAUAAUGACCUUCUGUUUCAAGGUGUACGGGGCAGCAUACCUGCAGAAGCUACUGGAACCUUUAUUGAGAGGAGUCAUCACCACUCCUGAACACAUCAGCUUUGAGGUGGACCCCACCAGACUGGAACAAGGUGAGAACCUGGAGGAGAACCAGAGGAACCUGCUGCAGAUCACUGAGCGCUUCUUCCAGGCCAUCAUCGGCUCAUCCAGCGAGUUCCCUCCGCAACUCCGCAGCGUCUGCCACUGUCUCUACCAGGCUACUUGCCACUCUCUACUGAAUAAAGCAACAGUAAAAGAAAAAAAGGAAAACAAAAAAGCAGUGGUGAGUCAGCGGUUCCCACAGAACAGCAUUGGUGCGGUGGGCAGCGCCAUGUUUCUGCGCUUUGUCAACCCAGCAAUCGUUUCCCCUUAUGAGGCUGGCAUCUUGGAUAAGAAGCCCCUGCCCAGGAUAGAGCGAGGUCUCAAACUCAUGUCCAAGAUUCUGCAGAGCAUUGCCAAUCAUGUCUUGUUUACAAAAGAAGAGCACAUGAGGCCUUUUAAUGACUUUGUGAAGAGCAACUUUGAUUCAGCCAGGAGGUUUUUCUUGGAUAUAGCAUCUGACUCUCCACCCAGCGACUCUGUCAACCACAGUCUGUCCUUCAUCAGUGACGGUAAUGUGCUGGCCCUCCACAGACUGCUGUGGAACAACCAGGAGAGGAUCGGCCAGUACCUGUCCAGUAACAGGGACCACAAGGCUGUGGGCAGGCGACCUUUUGACAAGAUGGCGACCCUCCUGGCCUACCUGGGGCCUCCCGAACACAAACCUGUGGCUGACACCCACUGGUCCAGUCUCAACCUGACCAGCUCCAAGUUUGAGGAGUUCAUGACCAGGCACCAGGUCCAUGAGAAGGAGGAGUUCAAAGCCUUGAAGACCCUCAACAUCUUCUACCAGGCAGGAACCUCCAAGACCGGCAACCCAGUCUUCUACUAUGUGGCCCGCAGAUUCAAAACAGGCCAGAUCAAUGGUGACCUGCUCAUCUACCAUGUGCUCCUCACCCUGAAGCCCUACUACGCCAAGCCCUACGAGAUCGUGGUAGACUUAACACAUGUAGGACCCAGCAAUCGCUUCAAGACAGACUUUCUGUCCAAGUGGUUUGUGGUCUUUCCUGGCUUUGCUUAUGAGAACGUAGCAGCUGUCUAUGUCUACAACUGCAACACUUGGGUGAGGGAGUACACCAAGUACCAUGAGCGGCUACUGACUGGCUUGAAGGGCAGCAAGCGGCUCCAGUUCAUUGACUCUCCAGCUAAGCUAGCUGAACACAUCGAACCUGACCAACAGAAGCUGCCUGCAGCCACGCUGACCCUGGAGGAAGACCUGAAAGUGUUCCACAAUGCCCUCAAGCUGGCCCACAAAGACACCAAAGUCUCAAUAAAGGUCGGCUCAACAGCAGUGCAGGUGACCUCAGCCGAGCGGACUCGUGUCCUCGGCCAGCCUGUCUUCCUAAAUGACGUCUACUAUGCCUCAGAGAUUGAAGAGAUUUGCCUGGUUGAUGAAAGCCAGUUCACCCUCACUAUGGCCAACCAGGGCACACCACUCACAUUCAUGCACCAGGAGUGUGAUGCCAUCGUCCAGUCCAUUAUCCAUAUCCGGACACGCUGGGAGCUGUCGCAGCCCGACUCGAUCCCCCAGCACACCAAAAUCCGGCCAAAAGAUGUUCCUGGCACUCUUCUCAACAUCGCUCUGCUCAACCUGGGCAGUUCUGACCCCAGCCUCAGGUCUGCAGCUUACAAUCUAUUGUGUGCUUUGACCUGCACCUUCAACUUAAAGAUAGAGGGCCAGCUGCUGGAGACAUCAGGUCUCUGCAUCCCAGCCAACAACACCCUCUUCAUAGUGUCCAUCAGCAAGACUCUGGCUGCCAACGAGCCCCAUCUCACACUGGAGUUUCUGGAGGAGUGCAUCUCCGGCUUCAGCAAGUCCAGUAUUGAGCUGAAGCAUCUCUGUCUGGAGUACAUGACACCCUGGCUGCUCAACCUGGUUCGCUUUUGUAAACACAACGAUGAUGCCAAGCGCCAGCGCGUCACCGCCAUUUUGGACAAACUCAUCACCAUGACCAUCAAUGAAAAGCAGAUGUAUCCCUCUAUUCAGGCCAAGAUCUGGGGCAGCUUGGGCCAGAUAACAGACCUGCUGGACGUGGUGUUGGACAGUUUUAUUAAGACCAGUGCCACAGGAGGCCUGGGCUCCAUCAAGGCAGAAGUCAUGGCUGAUACUGCAGUGGCUCUGGCUUCGGGGAAUGUCAAACUGGUCUCCAGCAAGGUUAUUGGUCGGAUGUGUAAGAUCAUUGACAAGACCUGCCUGUCACCAACGCCCACACUGGAGCAGCACCUGAUGUGGGAUGACAUCGCCAUCCUGGCACGGUACAUGCUCAUGCUGUCCUUCAACAACUCGCUGGAUGUCGCAGCCCACCUGCCAUACCUGUUCCAUGUGGUGACCCUGCUGGUAGCCACCGGGCCGCUGUCCCUCAGGGCCUCCACCCACGGUUUGGUUAUCAACAUCAUUCACUCCCUGUGCACCUGCUCGCAGCUCAACUUCAGUGAGGAGACCAAGCAGGUUCUGCGGCUGAGCCUGACUGAGUUCUCCCUGCCAAAGUUCUACCUGCUGUUUGGCAUCAGCAAAGUCAAGUCAGCAGCUGUUAUAGCCUUCCGCUCCAGCUACCGGGACCGCUCCUUCUCCCCAGGGUCCUACGAGAGGGAGACCUUCGCCCUGUCCUCCUUGGAGACUGUCACCGAGGCCUUACUGGAGAUCAUGGAGGCUUGUAUGAGGGAUAUCCCAGCUUGCAAGUGGUUAGACCAGUGGACAGAGCUUGCACAGAAGUUUGCAUUCCAGUACAACCCGUCCCUCCAGCCCAGAGCGCUUGUGGUGUUCGGCUGCAUCAGUAAGAGGGUGAGCCACGGCCAGAUCAAGCAGAUCAUCCGAAUCCUCAGCAAGGCCAGCCCUCUGCUCAGCAUAGACCGGGGUCUUGAGAGCUGUCUGAAGGGGCCAGACAAUUACAACAGCCAAGUAUUAAUUGAGGCCACUGUCAUUGCUCUGACCAAGCUGCAGCCUCUACUCAGCAAGGAAUCUCCCAUGCACAAAGCUCUGUUCUGGGUGGCAGUAGCUGUGCUGCAACUGGAUGAAGUCAACCUGUACUCUGCUGGAACCGCCCUGCUGGAGCAGAACCUCCACACUCUGGACACAAUGCGCGUCUUCAAUGACAAGAGUCCAGAGGAGGUGUUCAUGGAGAUCAGGCGUCCCUUAGAGUGGCACUGUAAGCAGAUGGAUCACUUUGUGGGCCUCAACUUCGGUGCCAACUUCAACUUUGCACUGGUGGGCCACCUACUCAAAGGCUACAGACACCCAUCAGCCACCACAGUAGCAAGGACUGUGAGAAUUCUACACACACUGCUGGCUCUCAUCAGCAAACAUCUGAAAUGUGACAAGUUUGAGGUGAACACCCAGAGUGUGGCCUAUCUGGCUGCACUGCUGACUGUAUCUGAGGAGGUCCGCAGUCGUUGCAGCCUCAAACACAGGAAGUCGCUACUGAUUUCUGACCUCUCCAUGGACCCUGUACCCAUGGACACCUACUCCAGUCACAUCACUGAUCCCAGCUGCAGAACUCUUCGAGAGACUCAGCCGUGGACAUCACCUCAGGUUUCAGAGCGCUACCUUUCAGCCCAUCACUACCCCACAGUGGGCCAGAUCAGCCCACGAACACGCAAGUCCAUGAGCCUGGACAUGGGUCAGCCCUCACAGGCCACCACCAAGAAGCUCCUGGGCACCAGGAAGAGCUUUGACCAUCUCAUAUCGGACUCCAAAGCACCAAAGAGACCAGAGAUGGAAUCAGGCAUGACCACCCCUCCCAAGAUGAGGCGUGUUGCAGAGAAUGACUAUGAGAUAGAGACGCAAAGAAUCGGGAACUCUCACCUUCGUAAAGUGUCUGUGUCAGAGUCCAACGUUCUGCUGGAUGAAGAGGUGCUGACUGACCCCAAGAUCCAGGCUCUUCUGCUCACUGUGCUGGCCACCCAGGUCAAAUAUACCACUGAUGACUUUGACCAGCGGAUUCUUUACGAGUACUUGGCUGAAGCUAGCGUUGUCUUCCCAAAGGUUUUUCCAGUUGUCCACAACCUGCUGGACUCUAAGAUCAACACUGUGCUGUCCAUGUGCCAGGACACCAACCUCCUGAACCCUGUCCACGGCAUUGUCCAGAGUGUGGUGUACCACGAAGAGUCGCCCCCACAGUACCAGCCCUCCUAUUUACAAAGCUUUGGCUUUAAUGGACUUUGGAGGUUUGCCGGUCCCUUCUCUAAGCAAACCCAGAUACCGGACUAUGCCGAGCUGAUUGUCAAGUUUCUGGAGGCACUGAUUGACAGCUACCUGCCGGCGGCUGACGAGGAGCGUGGGGAGGAGCAGCUGCGGACGCCCACCUCCCCCUACCCCCCCACCAGCCAGAGCCAGCUCAGCAUCACUGCCAACCUCAACCUGUCCAACUCCAUGACCUCACUGGCCACCUCGCAGCAUUCACCAGGUGUGGAUAAGGAGAAUGUCCAGCUGUCCCCCAGCUCAGCUCUGUCCAGCAGUGGUCGGACUCGCCACGGUUCAGCCAGUCAGGUCCAGAAGCAGCGCAGUGCCGGUAGCUUUAAGAGACCCAGCAUCAAGAAGAUCGUCUGAUCAGCCAGAAAACAGCCCCCCCACCGUCCUCCUCCUCCUCCUCCUCCUCCUCUCCACCCCUCCCCUCCCCGGCCUGCCAGCCAGCCAGGCCUCAUGCUGCACUCCACUUUUUACUCCACUUUUUACUCUUUUUAUUUCCUCCUCCUUCUUCAUCGGUAGGAGAACAAGUGUUUUUGUGUUUUGCAUUAAGGGGGAAAUAUUAGCAAGGGCAAACUUGAAUUCUGUGCUGCUUGAGAUUUUUUUAAAAUCUUUCAUUUGAGACAGUGCGUGGUGGAGGACAAGCUUCUGUUGAAUCAUUUCUGGAGUUGAUGUUUAAGCUCUUCACAGCGUUCAGUGGCCCUGCAGUGAGGAAUGUCACACAUGUGAAACCAUAGGAGAAAACCUCAGAGGUUGAUGGGAAUACAUUCUGGACAUCAAGGUUGAGUGCGGACAUGGUCUUGGACUGUGACAGUUUACACAGGGGAUGAAGGAUCCGGACUUUACACUGAAGUUGAAAAGAAACAGCGGGUUCAUAAACACUCUUGUGUGCAGCCUCCCCCCCCAGUCAGCAAGAUGGACCAAAUGACAGCCGGGGGGGGGGGGGGGGGGUGGUUAGAGAUCUGUGAGACAGGACCUUCAGUCUGGACCUGCUCAGACACCUGAGUUCACCUCUCCCCAGUCCUGUACAUAUUUUACAUAGACAGAUUAUGUAUAACUAGUCCUUAGUGCUAAUUUAGAUGUUGACGUUUUCUCCAUGGUGUGCCUUUGUCAGGGUUUUUCAAUGUGUACAAUUUGUAAAGUAAAAGUCAAACCUUGCUGGGGACAAAGAACAGGUACUAAUUAUGGAGGCGUGCCGUCCAUAUCACCACGAGUUCACAUGAGCUGCGUCACGACCGGCCUCCAAUGAUCGUCAAAUAUACAAUCAUCCAUAUACCCUGUUGCCUGAAAGUAUUUAUCCUGUACAGCUAGAUAGUGCUACACAAAUAUUAUUCUUUUCAAACACUUUCCAAAAAUCGUCUUCUUUUCAAACACUUUCAAUGUAUGAACAUGAAGAUUGCAAAACACUAGGGGAAAGCGCAACCAUGUAAAUAGCUCCCAAGCUUCUUUUUUUUUUUUCUUUUUGUGUGUUUCACUUUUGUUUUUGCUGUUUUUUUUGUUUUGUUUUGGGUUUUUUUUUUGUUAUUUUUAGUAUGAACUGUGUUUUCAGCAGCAUAGCAUUUUAAUUUGUUUACACAGUGACAAGGAAAAUUGUGUAAUAGGCAAUAAUCCUCAACUCUCAAACUCCUUUGUCAACCACAGAUUUUAUUUGUACAGCGAACAGGGAAAACACAUCACCAUGUUAGCUCGGUGCAAUAUGAUGCCAACUCUUUAGUUGCCUGUGAACAUGGAGACUUAGCUCUUAUUGAUUACCUCCGAUGACCAUUUGAAUAGAAAAGAGGCAGUGGACGGUGUGAUUUCUGAUCCCAUUACAUACACUCCUCCAUUUGUUUCACCUCAGCAGACUGAGCUGGACCCACAAUCCAGAAACAUCAGGAGUUAGUCCUGUGGCUUUUUAAAGGAAAAAUCCACCCUGAAAGAGGUUUUGACACUUCCAGCUCUUUAUCAUUGGAAAGUUGACAGUAGUGAUAACAAACCAUACCUGAGCUUCUGUACGCAACAAUAACCAAAACUGUCGACUGUAUAUAUUUUGCUGAGUAUAAACUCCCUUAUAAAUGUAUUUACUAAACAAAAUCAGCCAAAUGUCUCAAAUAUAUCAGUGUUCCAUGUUGUCUGAACACACAACCUUUGACAAAAUAAGCUUAACUCAAAAUCCCCUUAUUAGCUUUUCUCUGGAGCUUUCAGUUUUUCAGUAUCCAUGAGCAAACUCUGCGUAAUCUGCUGUGAAAGACUGUCAGAUGCAAGUAAAAGCUGCAGAAAAAGCUAAAACACAAACUACUGUUCCCAGGUGAACUGCUACACUUAGUCUUAGUUAAGUUUAGACCAAUAAACAAAAUUGAAAUAUCUACUGAAAGACUAAGAAUCUAACCAAACAGCAGCAGUAACUGGCUUUUUGUGUGUUGUUUAAGGUUUGUUUGUCAGUCCUUCAGACUCACAUUGAUUCCGCACCAGCAGUUUUACAGGGAUACGAACCUGUUAAAUGCAGAUCAUUACAACACUGAUAAUACUCACAGUGUACAUUAGAUUGAGCGUGAGAUGGUGUGUUUUUUUCCUUAAAGAGCCUCAGUACACUCUGGGUCAUUAUUGGUCCAGAGGCCAGCUGUGUGAUGUUAAACAUCUGUACCCUCAGAGCAGAUCUGGGAGCAGCAGAUCCUCUGCACCAAAGGCCUGUUGAGCACUGCAGGAGGAGAAAGUGUAGUCCGCUUUUAAAAACAUGUUCUGGGCACAUUUGGAAAAUGGUCAAGGAUUUAGUUUGAGCUCAUUUACUACAAAUCACAAACUAUACAUUACUGCUGACUGUUUUUCCAAAGCAUGCUGUUGUGUUUUAGUUAGUUGAAUGUGUUUUUUUUCUCUACCUUUAAGGCAGCCAUCGAUAUCAAUUUAUCUCACAAUGUUAUAAAAAGGUGAUUGUAGAGAGCUGAAACUUGCAAGAAAUAGCUGAUCCAUAAGUGAAUAUUAUCUGUUGUCAGUGUUUUAUAAUAUAUAGUGCAGACUGACAAAACAGUUUGAUCCACUGACAGAUUGAAUCAGAUAGAACAGUGUGAGUGUGUCAGCAGGUAGGUGAGGAGAAAAUGCCAAAGAUGUGUUUGAGGUCGUUUUCUCCACCAGAGAGCAGCGAUGUGUUCAUUUUUACACUGAAAAAUGUUCACAAUUCUUUAAUCACCACAUUCACCGCAUCACCCUAUCAAAAAUGUUACAAAGCAAAUAUUAGUCAGGUUUUUUCCAACUCUUAAACAUCAAUGUAAAAUCUGGACUGGGUUUCCAGUCUGCAGCCAUAGCAGUUCGUUAUCACACCACAAUAACACAACUUUGAUAGUAAAAGCAGACAGCAAGUUUCAACUGCCUGAAGGUAUUAUGAUAUUGUAUUGAAAUGAAUGGGAAACCAAUUGGUUGCUGUUUGAUAGAAAUUCACAUUCAUAAAUCUUAAAUACUGUGGUUUACUUUGGAAAAUAGUUAGCAGUAAAAAAAAAAAAAAGAAAAAAAAAAAAGGUCUGAGAUUAGUAAAAGAAAUAGUUUGAAACACACAUGCUGUGGUGUGGGCCUGUAAAGCAGCUGUGACAGCAGCUGUGUGGUUUGGUUCAGCAGGUGUAGAAUGGGAUGGGACUCUCCUGGCAGCCUCCGUCCACAGCUCAGCCAUCUAAAUGCUUCUAUCCUGCCUUAACAUCUAUGCAUGGCAAGAGUAUUGUUGUGCAACUCUGACUUUAUUUUUCUCUGAGCAGCGUCUCCACGUGUCUGCUGCUGAGAGUCUGACAUCUUUUCUUACCGUUUUAAGUGUUCAUUGUACCGUCUGGAUACAUUUGUGAAUCAGUUCACUGCUUAUUUUUGUCUUGUAUUUGAGUUGAACGUAAGGGGAUGUUAUUUUCUUCUGUCCAUUUUCAGUUAAUUCAUUCAGUUAACACACGAUUACAUGAUGGAUAGUUGCUGAAUGCCAUGGAAAGGGACAUUUUCAUUAGAGACACCCUUUGAAACAGUAUUUUGUAAUUCAGCCUCAAAGAACGACAUAAAGGGAAGAAUGAGUUUAAUAGUAAUAGGGAUGAUGAUGAUGUUUCAGCUGUGGAAGCAGAGUUUGGCCACAUGAAUGGGUCCAUCAGAAAUGUUUCUUUUCUUGUCACCCUUCAUCAUUGACAUGUCACAGUUUGACUAAUAGAUUAGCUCAUAUUAAGGGAAUCAGGACCAAAAUCAAGAAAUUAGUUUUCCACUGUUGAAAAGUGAGAGCAUCAUUUUGGGGUGAGUAGCUUGCGAACGUUGGAUGAUUGGCCUCCACCUUGCAUUCAAGUUCUCAGUAUACUUAAUACUAACUCAUUUGUACAGCGUAUAGUUCAAACACAUCUGAAGGCAAAAGUGUUUAUACUUGUUCCAAAUGGUCACACUUGAAGGUGGAACAAAAAGUCUGCCUGUCAUAGAGAGGGGCCAGAUGUGAUGGACUUUGAUUGAGGAUCAUUUUGAACACUAUCCAGCUGUCUCUCCUCUAAAGCAUUUGUAGUGUUUCACAUAGUUGGACACACAAAAACUGUUGGAAGAAAGUUCAUAACCAGUAUUUCACACCUCCACGCAGCAAGUGUGAAAAACUAUUCAGAUGUAAGAAAAGACGGUGUCAGACAAGCACUUCAUUCGAAGCAUACUGAGGCCUUUACCCUCUGAUGAUAUUAACAAAAACAAAUUAAAUGUGUCAAAAUCCAGUUGCAUGUCAGUUUCUCACAGUUUUGUUCUGUGGUCACAAUGACUGAUGAUUUACUCCUACAUCAGCCCUCCUUCCCAUGUAAAUAGGUCUAACCCGAGUUCAGAGUUUAGCAUGGAAUGUCAUCACCUUUGAGUUGUUGAAGUCACAUUUUCUAACACAGAAGAUGUUUGUGGAGCAGAGAUGGGAUUGGUACAAAGUAGUAUGAAGCAUCCUUAAAAUAUAGUGAAAUAAUCAUCCUGAGGUCCACUUAUAGGAAGGAUCUGAGGUCAGGGCCGCUGGAGUUGUUGCUAUAAAGGUACAUGUUUAUUUCAGCAUCAGAUUCCAGAGAAACAUCGAUCCAUUGUCUUGACUCCCCACUUUUCACCAUCUAACUGUUCUUAAAAAGGUACUCUCCCUGAUUUCCUUCUAAAAAGUGUCCACAAAGCCCAAAUCACACAAUCAGCGAGUGUACCUUUACCAAAACACAACCAGGAAAAAUCUGAAGGCAAGAUUUGUUGUUUUUUUUUUGAGCACCGUGUGACCAGAUUGCCAUCGUUUCCAGGUUUUAGUUUGACUUGUGUGUGAAUGGAAAUAUUAAGGAUUAUGUAUCCAUAACCUCUUAAACAAGUGGUUGACUUGCACUAAUUUAAAAAGAGUCAUGGGUUUGUAAAGAUGAAAAACCUCAAAAUGUGGCAUGUUUUAUUUGAUGUUAUGCAAAAUCUAAUGUCUGUAGAGUAUUAGUCUGAGUUUUGUUUUUAAUGCAGUAUGUGUGACAAUUGUAAAUACUUUGUGUACAAUUUGAGAUGGUAUAUUUACUACACUGUACAUACAUGUGAUAUUGUAUCAUUUUGUUUUUGUAAAGCAGUUAGUUUCUGUAUAAUAAUAUACAAAUUGAACUAUUCCAGUGUUAGUAAUAAAAUGUUUUGCUCUCCA